AUGAAGACGUCGCAAUUCCGGACGGCCCUGCGCCUCCUGACGCGGCCGAGCACCGUCCAACAACCCCUCCAGAUCCGACACGCACACCAGCAGGCCAGCAAGGCGCCGAUAAUACCGUCGCCGACCCCCUUCGUCCCGGACGUCAAGACGUUCCUCACGCUCAUCGGCCGCGGCCUGAGCUCGCACACGGCCAAGUUCCCGACCUGGGAGGCGCUCUUCUCCCUGACGUCGCCGCAGCUGCGGGAGCUGGGCAUCGAGCCGCCGCGCACGCGGCGCUACCUGAUCCACUGGCGCGAGAAGUUCCGGGCCGGGUACUUCGGCCCCGGCGGCGACAUCAAGCACGUGCAGGACGGCAAGGCCAAGCUGGCCGUGGUCGACGUCGAGAGGGGCCCGUUGGACUUCUCGCGCCACGUCGUCAACAUCCCUGUGGACAAGAAGGCUGAGGAGGUCCCCGCCGAAGAGAGGGUCAGCAUCGACGGGUACCAUGUCGAGGGGAAUGGCACGGUUGUUGGCCCGUAUGCCCUGCCCUUGAAGGGAGGGCGCGCAGCUACCGUCAGCGUCACAGAGGGCAUGUGGGAGGAGAAGAGGGGUCGCAAGAUCGAUGGUGGUGAGAGGAGACGUGCCGAGGUCAGGUUCAAGAGGCGUGUGGCCGAGAGGAAGGCACAGAGGGAGGCUAUGGGCUUCGCAUGA